ACAAUGUUGUUCCUCUUCCAGUGGGGUUGAGAAAUAGCUUCAAACAAGCUGGCCUUGAAAAGGUGCUACAAAACAGGACAUGGAACUGGGUGAAGUUUUAUCAAGAAGCAGUGUUCAAAACCUCAAUACCAUGGAUGCUAAGACGAGAGAUACUCUUGUGCUGCACGCCAUUGAUCUUCAUAUCAAAGAACUUGACACUCUGCUGGUCUGCUAUCCAUGCAUACCCACAACAGACGGACAGCUGCAGGAUGUCAAGAAACUUGUGAAUCCAUCAGGGAGAGCAGCCUGUCUUUUUGAACCAGAAGAGGGACGCUUGCUUGGUGGUACUAAAAUGGACUUUCGUUCACCGGAAAGGAUCAAACGCUUGUUGGAGCUUGGAAUGGCCAGUGAUCAUCUUCCAUUGGAAGACAUUACAGAGAGAGCAGCCACAGUGAGUCAGACUUGGAGUGUUGACAAAAAGAAAGCUUAUGUGCGUUUAAAGUGCCUUCUUGAACUUAUGAAGGAUCACAUGUACCAUGAAGACUCUGUUCACUGGGACACACUGAGGGUGACUGCAUUUCUCCCAGCAUUUUCCCCUGGAGACACAAAAAUGAAAGGGAGUUUAACACUUAAAAGGCCCAUUGAUGUUUUCAGUGACAUUUGCUCCCUACUUGUCAACAUGACACAACCCGUGCUGGAUCGUACCAAUCUGAACAUACACAACACUGAUCCAGUCCUAAAAACUUUGGGAGUUCGCAGCAGCCCAGAGCCACAGACAGUGCUUCAACAGCUGCAAAAAGCAUGCAAGAAAUCAAAAUCAAUGGAUGCAUCUGCGCUUCACAAAAUGGCAUGUGAGUGCUACAAGUUUCUGAAUCAGUGGAUAAAUGACAAUGGGAAUGCCAGCUUCAUUUCGCAGUCAGCGAAUUCAUUCCCAUUUAUCCUUGUUGGCAGUACAUUUGUAAAUGUCAACUGUGUAGCUGAAAAUGAAGAAUUUGAAGCAAAGCCCUAUCUCCAUGUACUUCCAUCUGCCUUCUCUAGUUUCAGGGAUCUCUGGGAAAGUGUAGGUGUUCAAAAGAAAUUUACAGUUAAUCAGUUUUUAACUGUGCUCCAAGAGCUGCAUUCUCAACAUGGAAACAAGCCCCUGCCAAAGAGGGAUCUAUCAAUUUGCCACACAAUAUUAACCAAAGGGAUAUAUGAGACCAAAGAGAAAACAUCAGGAGAUUGUCUGAUACCCAAUCAGCAUGGGUUUCUACAACCUGCAAGUGAGUUAAUGUACAAUGACAGCCCAUGGAUGCCAGUCGCAUCAAAUGUCACAUUAUGUCAUGAGGAUAUCUCCCGUGCUAUGGCUCGUCACUUUGGAAUCGAAACAACCAGGCAUCAUACUCUGGAACACUGCAUCAAUGACAACCUGUCACCAUAUACUUUCCAUUUUGAACAGCAGGAACAACUAACUGUUCGAAUUAAAAACAUAAUUUCAGCUUAUCCAUCAAAGAAGGACAUUCUUAAAGAGCUAAUUCAAAAUGCCGAUGAUGCAGAGGCGACAGAGAUCCACUUCAUUUGGGACAAACGACAGCAUGGCAGAGAAAAGACAUUUGGGAAGAGAUGGAACAAUCUGCAGGGUCCAGCUCUGUGUGUGUUCAACAACAAAGUGUUUUCUGAUGCUGACCUGCGUGGCAUUCAGCAGCUGGGUGAAGGAGGAAAGCACGACUCCCCAGGGAAGAUAGGAAAAUAUGGAGUUGGUUUCAACUCUGUUUACCAUCUGACUGACUGCCCUUCGAUCCUAACUGGAGAUGAAAGACUUUGCAUUUUUGAUCCCAAUCAGAAAUACAUUGAGAAACAUUCAGACAAACCACGGUAUGGCAUUGGCUAUAACCUUGCUGACAAAUUCAAGGAAAUGUGCAUCGAUGUCUACAAGUCUUAUCUCCCAGACAGGUUUUGUCUCAAAAAGGGCACCAUGUUCCGAUUACCUCUGAGGAUGGGUACCAAUGCAAACAGCUCCAAAAUAUCGACACAAGAAGUCACUGACGAUGACAUGAGAGAACUGUGCUCUGCCCUGUCUGAAGACCCUGAGGGACUCAUUCUGUUUCUGAAAAACAUCUGCAAAAUUGAAGUCCAUGAAAUCAAUGAACGUUCAGGAAAACUUGAAACCAUCUUUGUGGUUGAAAAGAGUCUGGCAGAGACGAGCAGAGAAGAAAAAGAGACAUUUACAAAGCAACUUCAAAGUGCACUACAGUCUGGCACACCAGCAACACCACAGAAGGUUUUUUAUGAAACCUUGAUUUCCUCCUCUGACAAGAUACAAAGUAAAUGGAUCAUUGCAGAGCAGUUUGGCUCAUUCAAAGACAGUGUUGAAAUGAAACUCUCAGACAAACUUCCCCAAGCAGCAAUAGCUGCAUGUAUGAGCGCAAAAACCUCACGCUCAUUACCAGAAAGGUACAUGGAUUUUAAAGGAGCAGCCUUUUGUUCACUUCCCUUGCCAGGGUUGCCAGGAAGAACUGGACUACCUGUACAUAUCAAUGGAAACUUUGAGGUAGAUUCAGCUAGGAGAGGCCUUUGGAGGGAAGAUGGCCAAAGUGUGAAAGCAAACUGGAAUGAGUCUUUGAAACAGAACAUCAUUGCGCCACUCUAUGCAGAUCUCCUACAUCACAUCAGCCGUUGCACUGCAGUCAAGAAAGUGCGUUUUGCAAAUCUCCAAUCUUGUUUCAGUCUGUACUUGCGUUUUUGGCCAGUUGUGACAGAAGAUGUUGGUCCAGAGUGGCACGAAAUGAUACACGAGGUAUAUAGAUCAGUUAAAGACAAAUGCCUUGAUGUGAUCCCAGUGUUGAGGACAUCAACAUGUGAAACUGCAGGACAAAAAAUCAAAGAAUUCUCUUUUGACUGGUGUAACGUUAGUGAGUCCGAAUCAACUGAGGCACCUUACCUGACACACUCAGAAAAUGACAAGAUUAAUUCCAUUCUGGAAGAUCUUGGAAUGAAACUGGUUCCUUUUUCCACAGUCAUGUUCAAGAUUUGGAAUAGUUUCAAGUCUGCUGGCAUCGAAGUGAAAGAUGUCAGUGCCAGCAGUGUGCGAGCUUUCCUAAGAGACAAACCACUGAAUGAUCCAAUCCAAACAGAUGAGGAUUUACCAUUGCCUAUAGCUGCUACUCUGAUCAGAAAUGGAACAAGAUGUACUGAGCUCUUGAGUUUUUGCUUAAAAGAUUCGAGUUUGCAAAAGGACACUCAGGACAAUUCCAGUUCAUUCAAUGGGCUUCCACUCCUUCUCACAAGAGAUGAAGUUUUGAGAGUGUUUAACUCUCAAUCUCCCAAAUGGAUAUCAAGAUAUGAAGGUCUUUUCGUUGGCUACGAGGACCAAUUUGCAGACUGCAAGACAAACUACAAAUACAUUGAACUUUUAGGAACUUUUAACCUUGUCAAAACGUUGACAGUUCCCUGCGCAGCGAAAUAUUUGAAGCCGUUGAUCCAGCAACUUCUUCAGACCUGUGACACUGAUCCAAACAGUGGUCUUCAUAUCCCAAAUGAGAAAAUGCUGAAGUGGCUGAAAUUGCUUUGGAGGUUCUUAACGAAUCAAAUCCAGCCUGCAGUGUUUGGUGAUGGUGAGCAAAGUCUGACAUUAAGCCAUGUGAGGGACCUGUUCAGUGACUGCUACAUUGUACCUGUUGUGUGUCCAAGGCUGAACAACAAGCACCUGCUGCAAACAAUGAAGGGCUUGUCUAACGUGAUUCAGACUACCCUAGAAAAAGACAUGUCAAGCAUUCUUCUAAAACUUGGUUUUAUGAAGCUUGAUAUCGUCUUCUUCUCUGACAUAGACCCACUGGCGCCUUCACCUCUAAACCCAGAACUCUUGGAUGUGAGAGACAAAAGCUCAGUGUUGGACCAGGUCUACCAUCUGAACCACUCAGAGUUUUCCAAGCUUUCAGGUGAAGAAAUGAGUAAGUUUCAGAACUUCCUGCAGUCUGGAGUAUCCAACUCCGAAGACAGUCAAGAGUACAAGAGGAAGCUGAAAUCCUUACCGAUAUUUGAAACGACACACGGUGGCCGAGUAGGGAUUGAUGGAUUGAAACAGGUGUUUGUGCUCAACUGCACAUAUUCAGGGACAUUUCCAGAUCUGUUUACCUUGCCUGACAGCAACAGUAUUUUUCUCAGCAACAACCCAGAGAACCUCACUUUGUCACAAAUGCUGAAAAUUCCAAUUCUGAAUGAUCUGGAGUAUUUCAUGAAGUUCAUUCUGCCCGCUGUACACAAACUAACAGAAAGGCAGAUUAUUCACUGUCUCAAACUGGUGCUGUCACUACAACAUCAAUGCAAUUUUUCUAAGUUCAGGGAGACAAUCAUCUCUGAAAUGAAGGCAGUGAGGCUGAUUCACAGUUCUCAAGGUAGAUUGGAGACCGCAUCAUACUACUUUGAUGACAGUAUUGAGCUUUACAAGAAAAUGCUGCCCCAGGAGAGGUUUGUACCAAAGACAUUUUGGACUGAGCUGAGCGGAGGAAGUCAGUAUUUAAUAAAACCAGCAAAAGACCUGGUCAGAGAACUUGGAAUGAGGCAUGUUGUGUCAGAAGAUGACAUAAUAAAUUUUGCACAUCAGCUGGAGUCAGAAGCAAAAGGAAACAGCAGACUUGAAGAUCUGUCGCAGAAAUCAUCAUUAAUUCUCCGAGAAGCCUUGACCAAAGUGAGUCGCCAAAAUGAUAAAAACAAAGAGGAGAAGUUGUUACAGAGAAUAUCUGACAUCAAGUUCAUUUUUCCAGUGAUGAUUCGAAAAGAACUGUGCAAAUAUCACAAACCAUUUGCUGCAGAAGGAACUACUGUUAGCAUAAGAGGGUCUUUGAUCGAAAGUGAUUCAAAGCAUCAAGAGCUGAUUUGGUCCUCAAUGCCAAUUAUUGAUUUGCCAGUUUCUAAGUCACAAAAGCUGCUGCAAAUGAUGAAAAAUGCAGGAGCUCAUGAAGAACCACCUCCAAGCUCUGUAGUCCUCAACAUGAGGAACAUUUGUCAGUCACCAUGUAAAACUGGUCCAGUGAUCAAAACCCGUGCAAAUGUGUUUCGAAAUGCAUAUGCCUACCUGCAAGCAAAUGCUUUUGAUGAACGUCAACUGGCUGGCCUUCCUGUUGUGCUGGUGGAGAAAGACACAGAACUUUUCAAAGCUGAUGAUGUGUGUCUUUCACUUCCCCAUGAUCUUGAGUUCAGACCAUAUUUGUACAAAAUUCCUCCGGAAUAUGCCCUGUUCGAAAAGUUCUUUAAAAGAAUUGGUGUGAAGAGCGAACCUACAGCAGCACACUACUGUAAUGUUCUGGCAGCAGUUUAUGCUGAUUCCUGUGAGAAAUCACAGCUUCAUGCAGGCCAACGGAAAACUGUGAAACGGGCCGUUGAGCAAUUGUUUCAGUGCAUGAAAACUCAAAGAAUCCAAACACUUAGUGACAGUGUUCAGACUUUAUAUCUGCCUGCAGUAGAUGGUAAAUUACACCCAUCACACACACUCUACUACAAUGACACAGUGUUUGAGAUCAAAAGGUUAGAAGAAGCACUUGAGGAUAGGUUCCUGUUGCUUGAGAAACUUGAUAAAUGUCAUUUGGGAACGGAUGUCUAUGAGCACCAUGAGCUGCUGAAACUGCUGCCUCAGUCAUUCCAGCCUAAAAUGCUGUCUCAGGUCACUGAGGAAAGAAUAGUGGAAUUACACAUGCAGCUGUGUGAGCUUGGGACUGGUUGUGAAUUUAGGGGAUGGUUUGAUAGACAUCUCUCCUCAAGAGCCUUUAGACAUGGACUGAUUUGCCUCAUCAGAGAGCAGUCUCAGGGCAAAGUAUUGCAGCAAGAAGCUACUGCCAUGUGUGAGAAGACUUUUGGCGGAAUUCAGAUUAUCUGCUGCAAAACCCUUGAAACAACACUAUGGCUGGAUAAUGAGCCACUACCCAAAACUACCAGUGAGACGGAAGUUUAUGUCAACCGACAGCAACAAGGGUGCAUCUUUUACUUAAAACACAACGAUGACAUGGCCCCUAAGGUGAUAAAUGAAGUAAAUAUGACAUUGACAAAGGAGAUUAAUGUUCUCUUAGGCAACAGGAUUGCAUCAUAUCACCUUCCAGUGCUCGGACAACUUCUUAUGUGCGAUAAUAUCGAAGACGUUCAGAAAGCUCUGGCUAAGAAUGGGAUCCGUGACACUGCUGAAAGUGAGAGCUUCCCUCGCGAUCCACCGCUCCCUGGGACAGAGAUUCCACUGGACUGGCAUGAUUCACUGGACAUGAACAUCCUCAACAACUUUGAAGUGGGAGAAUAUGUCGGCUACAGCACUGACAGCAACAACGACAAGUACAUUUAUGCAGUAAUUGUUGAAGAACUUUCUGGGCAAUUGGGAUAUUUGUCACGGAGAUACAAAAUAGAUAUUGGAGAAGAUGAGCCAGUUGAAGUCAGUUGUCUUGACAUUUACCAGUUUAAACGAGAAGAGAAACGAGAAGGGAAAAAAGUAAAAUCAGAGUGUAUGGAGCUGGAGCUACUAGCGGGAGCAGUUCCGCAUACUUCCCAACGAUCAACGAGUUCCUUACCUGGCUCUCUUGACGAAGCAAAAAGGGAAAUUGACAAAUAUUUGGCGGAGAUCUGGCCUCUUCCUGAGGAGGAGAGGAAGAAAGCCAUCAAACGACUGUACCUGAGAUGGCAUCCUGACAAAAAUCCUGACUGCAAACCUCUCGCCAAUGAGGCAUUCAAGUAUUUGCAGAAUCGCCUUGAAGAGCUCAGAACUGGCAAAAGCAAAGGCACAUCUUCAGGUUCGUCCUACUCAAGUGGAUUCUCAGAUUUCAGAAACUUCUACCGGCAGUGGAAUGAGGAGGCCAGGCAUCACAGAACAGGCCGAGAGAGAUUCUUUAGAGGCCAUCAUUCCUACAACUUUUGGAGCUACAAUGAAAAUAUCCCAAGGCCCAACAAAGAGGAGGCCGAGCGCUGGUGUAGACAGGCUCGCUGUGAUCUCGAUGCAGCUCACAAAGAGACUGGCAAGGGAAGUACAGAGUGGUGUCUGUUCAAAGUCCAUCAAGCAGUGGAAAAGUCUCUCAUAGCUGCAGAGUAUAAACGAAAUGGUCGACAGCCCAACAGCGGAUCAAUAGAAGCCUUUGCCAAUCAAAUCUCCCAUUACAGUCCACUGCUGAGAGACCUGCCUCAGAUAGUGAAAAAACUGAAGACUCUGGGAGUAGAUCCCAAGAAGACCCAAUAUCCCAACCACCAUCCAUAUCCUCACAUUCCACACGGACAGUUCAGAUCAGAGAAUGAGAUGUUGGCGCUGAACGAGGCAACUGAGCUGCUCCGUAAAGUAGAGGAAUAUGUGAAUUAGGGAUUAAAGACAGACAGACAUGUCGUAAGUUGUGGUAAUAUUUCCAAAAUUACUGUUAAGAAAACAACUUUAACUGAACCAAAGUGAGCACAAUGUUAAUUCUAAAAAUGAAACUGUAUGAUUUUUGUUAUGAGAAUGUGCUUCUUUUUUUUGUUUAUUCUUGUAUGCAUUCAUGACUUUUCAUAGAGGACCAGUUUUAUCACUGAUUGAUUUAUUUCAAUUGUUGCAAUUUACAACUUCUUACCAAUGAUAAUCUACUAAUAUCAAUGUAAUCAGUGUAUAGAUUUGUUAUAAAAAUGCAAAUAACAAAUAUUAUUUUUCUGCUAUGAUGUAAACGUUUAUGACUACUUACUGAGGACCAGUAUGAACACUGUACUAAUUUGUUAUAGUUUAUGGUUCACAAAAACUACUGAAUCACCAUAUAUUUACUGUAUGACUGUGAUGAAGAUGAAAAUAUCAAAGAUUCUUUUGCUGGUGUAAACAGGUAGGACUACCUGAGGACCAAGAAAAUAUUGUUUGAAGUUUUUAUCGUGGCUGUUUGUUUUGCAGUGUUAUAGGCAUUUAUAACUGUUUACAGAGAGCCAGCAUAGUCUGUGGAUAAGUUUGUUAUGAAGGUGGAGUUGCAAAAAAAAAAUUUUGUGGAAUUUUGUCACCUUUAAUUCAUUGAUUUUGUCAUUACCUUUUACUUUUGAAAAUUAAAAAAAGAAAGAAAAUAAAGGUUGAAACGGCAA